AUGAGUGCGUCUAAUUCUAUAAAACACAAAUCUUUGACGAUUUCAGAAAAAAAACAAUUGAUUGAAGCGGUUGAAAGAGGUGACAAAAAAACCGAAGUGGCUAAGACAUUUGACAUUCCUUUAAGUACACUGUCUACGAUUUUGAAGGACAAAAAUAAAAUCAUCACUGCGUCAUCAAGCGGUGGUCGGAAACGAAACAGUAAAGGUGAGCAUCCAAGACUAGAAGAGUGUUUAGUACAAUGGGUUAGGCAAUGCAGAGGGCAAAAUGUGCCUGUAAGUGGCCUCUUACUCAAAGAAAAAGCAAAAUCAUUCGCCAAAGAGUUGGGCAUCCCGUUUUUCUCAGCUAGUGAUGGAUGGUUAACGAAUUUUAAGAAAAGAAACGGUAUUGUUUUCAAAAAAAUGUGUGGAGAAAGUUCUAGCGUUGACGAUAACGUGUGUUCAGAGUGGCAUCGUAAACUUUCAACUUUGUUAAAAAAUUACGAGCCACGAAACAUGUUCAACACAGAUGAAACCGCUCUAUUUUUUAAAUGUUUACCAGAUAAAACUUUCACUUUUAAAGAAGAAAAAUGCCACGGCAGGAAACAUAGUAAAGAUAGGUUAACGAUUUUAUUAGCAGUAAACAUGGACGGCUCCGAAAAGUUAACUCUACUCCUCAUAGGAAAAGCUGCCAAACCUAGGUGUUUUAAGGGCAUACGUUCAUUUCCUAUAACUUAUCGUUCAAAUAAAAAGGCAUGGAUGACGACAGAAUUAUUUAAUGAAUGGUUGUUUUCACUCAAUGAAGACAUGAAAAAACAGGAACGAAAAAUUCUACUGUUUUUAGACAACUGUACAGUUCAUAAUAACCCACCCCCCACCUUUAACUAA